CUUCUGUAAUCCGAUCACACAAACAAAUAGAGGAUAGUGUGAGGGCGUAGCGCACGCCGGUUCAUCUGUAAAAGUGUAGUCUGUAAAAGUUGUUUAAAAGUUCCUCUGAGGAUGAUCGCAGCCGCCGAGGCAGGCUCUGCGCUCUCCGCUUGGUUUCGGGGCGCUGGCUGUGGCGCACUCUGACUCUCCACAGCGGAUCUGGAGAGUGGUGUGUAAUUUUCGGCUGUGGUGGAGGGCCUCAGCUCAGCCUCGGGCUUUCGGCUUUUGCAGCUCAGCCUCAAUCACGUCACAUGAAAAACUGCUGAGUGCGAUGAUUAUGUGAUAGUGGCAGCGAUGCCGUAUCUGGACCGCUUGAACCGUGUGUGCGGCUUCCUGGACAUCGAGGAGAAGGAGAACAGCUGCCGCUUCCAGAGGCGAUAUUUCAUCCUCGACACGCAGGGGAAUGUCCUGCAAUGGUACAUGGACAAUCCACAGAACCUGGCCAGUGGAGCCAGCUUUGUUGGCAGCCUGAGAUUAACCUACAUCUCUAAGGUGAGUGAAGCCACCGCAAAGCAAAAGCCGAAGACCGAGUUCUGCUUCGUCAUAAAUGCAGUUUCACGGCGGUACUUCCUUCAAGCCAAUGAUGCAGUCGACAUGAGGGACUGGGUGGAUGCUCUCAACAAGGCCAGCAAGAUCACUGUUCCUAAAUCCUGCCCUGCGCCUCCCAAAUCUGAUUCUAGCGCCGUGAUCAGCGACUCUCAGGUGGGGAGGAAACAGCAGGCCUAUAAGACGGAGAUCAUUGGAGGCGUGGUGGUCCACACGCCAAUCCAGAAUGAAACAGAAGAGACGGAGGGGAAAGAGAAGAAGGGAAACAGGCCUGGUGUGCUGAGAUGUGGUUUCUGUGUCAAACAAGGAAAUGUGAGGAAGAGCUGGAAGAGGCGUUUUUUCACUCUGGAUGACAACGCAGUCAGCUACUACAAGUCUGACACGGACAAGGAGCCUCUCCGCGGUAUUCCACUCAGAGACAUUCAGAAGGUCCACGAAUGUCUCGUCAAGUCAGGGGACCUUUUGUUAAGAGACAAUCUAUUUGAGAUCAUCACCCACUCCCGAACUUUCUACAUCCAGACAGACACCCCGGAGGAGAUGCACGGUUGGAUCAGGGAUAUUGACAUGAAAAUUCGGGAAUUCAGAGGACAUCCACGGGGACAUCAGUUUAAGCGAAUGUCGUCUCUCCAUCAAAAGCACAAUACCAGCGGUGCCUCUUGUCACCACAGUAACGAGGCGCGGCCCCAGCUGGUCAAGUCCUGCUCUGUGGCUCCAGGCUGGCAGCCCUGGACCCCCGUUCCUCCGGGUGAGCCGUCCAUCAUGGACAUGGAGGACGAAGACAGCCCGUUCAGUCCUGUCCCCACUCUGCCUUCUCUCUCCUCCUCGUCCACGUCCUCGUCCACCUCGUCCUCCUCCAACUCCCUGUCCACCCCGACCCCGUGCCCCAGUGCGUCCCAGGUGCCUUUGACCAGCGGGCUGGGGAUGCUCACGGCGUCGGCAGACGCUGCUAGCGGCCGGCGACGGCACCGCUCGCAGCCUCAGCCUCACUCCUCCUUCCCCUUCAGCCUGGAUGACGACAGCAUCCGCACAACAGACGUGUAACGCUGAGCGGUCUGUGCAGACUCUGGUGUGGACUAACGUGUUGGUACCUUCUUUAAGUGAUGAAUGUGACUGAUAAUGGUAGUAUUCCCUGCUAAUGAAGAGACGAUGUGUCUACGGCAGUGGUGUCCAAAGUCGGUCCUCGAGGGCCGGCAUCCAGCAUGUUUCAGGUCUCUCCAUGGUUUAACGCACCUGGAUCCGAAGAUGGCUCAUUAGAAGGCCUAAGAAGAACAUUGACAUGCUGAGAAGGUUGUUUCUACCACCAUGGAGGGAACUAAAACGUGCAGGAUGUCAGCCCUCGAGGACCGACUUUGGGCACCUCUGGUCUAUGGCAUGAGAUGGGGGUCCACCUGCUGGUGAUGUUACUGCUUUGCAGACGAAGGAUGCACCCAGCUGGAAGGAGGAGAGGAACUGUUUUUAUUGGUCCAAGGACUGUGAAAAAGAGUGAUGGAGUAUUUUAGUGCAACUUCCUCUGAAAACUUGAAUAAUCUUGUUAGUUUUCCUUUUGUUAAACUUAAAAAAUGGCGGCACAUGCUUUCAGACUCCUGCACUUGGCCUCAUAUUUGAAUCCCUGACACCAGGACUGGGCUUUUGCAAGACAGUUAUUAAACAAAAUGUUUAAAGGAAUUUUAACGCUUUUAAAAAUUAGGUUUUUUUUUUUUAUAUUCAGACAUCUCAAGAAUAUACUAUUAGCUUCUUUUCACACUUUGUUUCACCCACGCCAGCAGUGUUUUCUAGUCAUUCAUUCCUGAAACAUUCUCAUAAAGAAACAAGUACAUCGUCUGCAUAUAGUUACAUUUUACUCGUUUGUAUUUUUAACAGCUUUCAUGUAUUUGCUCUGUUUCUUAUAGUUUUUUUUAUUAUUUCUGCUUAAAGAUCAACUGUCGGUUAACUGUGAGUCCGUUUGAAGGUUGAAGCUCGGUACCAUGAGAAUGGUGCAGUGUUACAGUGGUACUUGUUGUAAAACAACCUGCUGGUAUCAAACCACAGCUCAUGAUUGCGUCGGCUGCUUUGGAAAUGUAAAUGUGACUGUCGUUUUGCAGCAUUACGUGGGACGUUUUUGCCACUACCUUUGGUAAUUGAACUGUAAUUCUGCACUUUGCAUUAGUACGUGCAUGUAAAUGUGUGUGUAUGUUUUUUUUUUUUUUUUUUUUUAUAGUUUCGAUUGAUCUUUCACAGUGGUUAACUAUACCUUCCUCACAUGCUCAGUGUUGCUACACUAGCUUAUGUUGAUACUUCAUUGAUGUGGUACCGUGUUCAUUCCUGUUUCCAUUCUCUGAAGCGUGUGCACUUAUCUACCUGCAUGUCAUGGUAGUUCUUUCUCUAACAUUAAAUAAUGCUUUAUAUUUUU